GCAUUGCAUUCCAUAAGCCUUAAUGCAUACAAGCCCACAGGGCCUUCAAGCUGGGCUGCACUCAGAAUGGCAAGCGGACAGCUGUCGAGGGCCGAGGCGUUGGCGUGCUCAGGCUGCAGGCAUGCGUGCCACGUGAUGCUCUACUGUGACACCAAAACUCAGCUGUUUGGGAGAAUUCCCAUCAGACACAUCAUACUGAUGCAGAUGCGCUUUGACGGUCUGCUGGGUUUCCCUGGAGGAUUCGUCAACCUUUCUGAGGAAACCCUGGAGGCGGGGCUCAGCAGGGAAUUGUCUGAGGAGCUAGGCGUGGCUCUUCCGAUAUCAGAGGAAGAUCAUUUGGACUCCUGCUAUGCCCCUGCUUCCUCCGCUUCCUCCCCUCCUCCUCCUCCCCGUCUAAUCACUCACUUCUAUUCGAAGAAGAUGGAAGAGGAGCAGAUUAGGGAAGUGGAGAGAGCUGCCGCUACCACUGCAACGGAUCACGGACAGGAGGUCCUUGGGAUGGUCCGAGUCCCUCUCUACAGCACGAAAGGCGAUGGAGGCCUCUCGGCGUUCCUGUCGCACUCGUUUGUCGGCAACGCCCGCUCCCAGCUGGCCAACUCCCUGCUGCGCCUCCACCUGGGCCCGGAGGAGCUGCAGGAGGCCCUUGCGCGCUCCCUGAAGAUACAAGCGCGCACCGCAGAGGAACUACGGGCAAACCUCGCGCCGGCGGAGGUGAAGAGGAAGCCGUUUUGAAACGCCGCCAGCACGUGCACCUACAGCACAUCCUCUCCUGCACACUGAUACAGUCCUCCACAAACACUGGGUGACUCAUAAUUGCUGCAUGCAUCAAACUGUUUGGAGGAAACAUUUCUCCACCGUAAAUGCAAAUAUAACUCUCCAUGACAUUCCAACUUUUUUCCCCUUCAAUUAACUCCUGCUGCUAAUUAAAAAAAUAAAAUUGAAAUUCUAUGAGGUGAAAGCAACCAUCAUGCUAAUCAACACUCAUUCUCUCAAUUACAUUUUGAUGACUCCAGUAGGAAUUUGGAUGCACAUCAAAACCUUGCAAAUGCAAAAUAGCAGGCACCAAUAAAAAAGCUAGAAGAA